CUCUCUCUCUCUCUGCCAAAGGAGUGGAAGGGGAGGGCUGGUGUGUGUGUUGGGGGGUCUGCAGGACCGAAUGGAGGCAGCGACAUCCAGCCGAGCACCCAGCACUUUUACGCAGAGCUGACAGGCGCCCUGAGGGGGAAAAUAAAAAAAUAAAAAUCAACAACAAAAACGCGGAAUAUCAUGUAGGGGCUGUGCGGGGGGGGUCGCCUCUGAAACAAACCCAAACAGCUACAUGUUCGCUCGCUCCUUCUCGCCUCAGUCGGCUCAGAGACAAGUGGGAUCUGAUCCUCGACUGGAUUUCCCUCCUCCUCGCUUCUGAAUGGAAGACAGAUAGAGCGAGAGAAACAAGCCGGGGGUUGCCUCCCUUUUUUUUUUAAAUUGUUAAUUUUUUUAUUCUCAUGUUCUUUUGGACGCGCUGCAACGAUUUGCUGCCUGUCGCUGGGUUAUCCGAGGUCUGCCCGGCAGCCGCGGCGGCUGCAGAGCCGUCCCUGUCAUGGCAGAGGUGGCGUGAAAGGAGGCAGAGAAGACCCCCUUUCAAAAGAAACGAGAAGCGUCUUUUUAUUUAUUUAGUGCGGAUUUAAAUGAAGAUGGGGCCACCGACUGACUGAGCCGCUGUUUUUGUCAGGUGCGCCGCUGAUCCAAAUAAACAAUUCAUAGACUUUCUGUUAUAUUCCAUCUGGUGGGUGGCUAAUCAGGAUUUACAGCAAGGAGAAGGGGGUUCAGUAUAUAUACAUAUAUUUCUUUUUUUCUUUCUUUUUUUUGGUAAGCAAUAUGGCUGGUGAAUGGGGCUGGGGACGCUGGCACAGGCUCGCCAAAGCUCCUAAAUGCUAGCCGAGGCGGAUGGCACGGUUCCCCGUGGCAGCGACCGCUCUAUGAGGACAAGCGGAAUCAUCAGCGACAUCAACCCGGACUCCUCGAUCCUGAUAUCCAAGAUGGAAGACCUCGUCAUCCCCUUCUCGUCCGAGGUGCCGUGCGACGACAACGGGCAGCGCAUGUGGUGGGCAUUCCUCGCCUCCUCCAUGGUGACGUUUUUCGGGGGUCUCUUCAUCAUCCUCUUGUGGAGGACCCUCAAAUACCUGUGGACCGUGUGCUGCCACUGCAACAUUAAAAACAAGGAGGCCCAGAAGGUGAAUAAUCCUGCCAACACCCAGGCAGCAGACAAGACAAAGGGUCCUGAUGAAAAGGAGGAGGCAGCAGCCAGCGAGGUGGGAUGGAUGACUUCAGUCAAAGACUGGGCUGGGGUCAUGAUCUCUGCUCAGACGCUCACUGGCAGAGUUUUGGUGGUGUUAGUCUUUGCACUCAGCAUCGGGGCCCUCGGAAUAUACUUUAUAGACUCCUCAGAUCCUAUAGAGUCCUGCCAGAACUUCUACAAAGAUUUUACGCUACAGAUCGACAUGGCCUUCAAUGUCUUCUUCCUCCUAUACUUUGGCUUGCGGUUUAUCGCAGCCAAUGACAAGCUGUGGUUCUGGCUGGAGGUCAACUCUGUGGUCGACUUCUUCACAGUUCCUCCUGUGUUUGUCUCUGUCUACUUAAACAGAAGCUGGCUUGGUUUGAGAUUUCUGAGGGCACUAAGAUUGAUUCAGUUCUCAGAAAUUUUACAGUUCUUAAAUAUUUUGAAAACAAGCAAUUCCAUCAAGCUGGUGAACUUGUGUUCCAUCUUCAUAAGCACAUGGCUCACAGCUGCUGGGUUCAUACAUUUGGUGGAAAACUCAGGGGAUCCUUGGGAAAACUUCCAAAAUUCCCAGUCAUUGUCUUAUUGGGAAUGUGUCUACCUGCUGAUGGUGACUAUGUCUACAGUGGGCUACGGGGAUGUCUAUGCAAAAACCACCUUGGGCCGCCUGUUUAUGGUCUUCUUCAUCCUUGGUGGUUUGGCCAUGUUUGCUCGCUACGUGCCAGAAAUUGCUGCUCUCAUCCUUAAUCGGAAGAAAUACGGAGGGAGUUAUAACUCGACACGAGGCAGAAAGCACAUUGUGGUCUGUGGUCAUAUCACCCUCGAAAGUGUCUCCAACUUCCUCAAAGACUUCCUACACAAGGACAGGGAUGAUGUCAAUGUAGAAAUUGUUUUUCUCCAUAAUAUUUCCCCUAAUCUUGAGCUGGAAGCCUUGUUCAAACGUCAUUUUACUCAAGUAGAAUUCUACCAGGGAUCUGUUCUCAACCCUCACGAUUUGGCUCGAGUGAAGAUCGAGUCUGCAGAUGCCUGCCUGAUUUUAGCCAACAAAUACUGUGCAGACCCUGAUGCCGAAGAUGCCUCCAACAUCAUGAGGGUCAUAUCCAUCAAGAACUACCACCCUAAGAUCAGAAUAAUCACACAGAUGCUACAGUAUCACAAUAAGGCCCAUCUGCUGAACAUUCCAAGCUGGAACUGGAAAGAGGGCGAUGAUGCUAUUUGCCUGGCGGAGCUGAAGGCAGGCUUCAUUGCCCAGAGUUGUCUGGCCCAGGGCCUGUCGACGAUGCUAGCCAAUCUCUUCUCCAUGAGGUCCUUUAUUGAGAUUGAAGAGGACACAUGGCAAAAGUAUUACCUUGAAGGAGUGGCUAAUGAGAUGUACACAGAGUACUUGUCUAGUGCCUUUGUAGGCCUGUCCUUCCCCACUGUCUGCGAGCUGUGCUACGUGAAGCUGAAGCUGUUGCUCAUUGCCAUUGAAUUUAAGUCUGAGCAGAGAGAGAGCAGAAGCCGAAAGCGCAUCCUCAUCAACCCGGGCAACCAUGUCAAGUUACAAGACGGAACACUGGGAUUCUUUAUUGCUAGUGAUGCCAAAGAAGUGAAGAGAGCAUUUUUCUACUGCAAAGCUUGUCACGAUGACAUCACGGACCCCAAAAGGAUUAAAAAGUGUGGCUGCAAACGACUGAUUUAUUCCAAGAUGUCCGUCUACAAACGAAUGAAACUGGCAUGUUGUUUUGAUUGCGGCCGUUCAGAGCGAGACUGCUCUUGCAUGUCAGGCAGUGUACAUAGUAACAUGGACACCCUUCAGAGGGCCUACCCACUUUCCUCUGUCUCUGUUCAUGAUUGCGCAACCACUUUACGUGCCUCCAAAUAUAAGUAUAAUGGAUUUGUCAGAUCACCAGCAGAUGGCGCUACAACACCAGGGAACAGUGGAAGCCAUAAAGAGACUGGCGUUCGAUUCAAAGCUGAUUGCAAUAUAGUCGAAGACGAGCAUCCGUCGACGCUCUCGCCCAAAAAAAAGCAGCGCAACGGAGGGAUGCGAAACUCGCCCAACUGCUCUCCCAAAAUGAUGAGUCGACACGAUCCUCUUCUAAUUCCUGGAAAUGAGCAAAUUGAGAACAUGGACAUGAACGUGAAGAGGUACGACUCAACCGGGAUGUUUCACUGGUGCCCUUCCAAAGACAUCGAAAAGGUCAUCCUGACCCGGAGUGAAGCCUCCAUGACUGUGCUGAGCGGCCAUGUAGUGGUCUGUAUAUUUGGGGAUGUCACGUCUGCCUUAGUGGGGCUGCGAAACUUGGUGAUGCCUUUAAGAGCCAGCAACUUUCACUACCAUGAGCUAAAGCCUAUAGUUUUUGUGGGCUCGCUGGACUACCUUCGGAGAGAGUGGGAAACCUUACACAACUUUCCAAAGGUUUCCAUCUUACCUGGUACACCAUUAAGUCGGGCAGAUUUAAGGGCUGUCAACAUCAACCUCUGUGACAUGUGCGUAAUACUGUCAGCCAAUCAGAACAAUAUCGAAGAUGCCUCACUGCAGGAUAAGGAAUGCAUCUUGGCAUCACUCAACAUCAAGUCUAUGCAGUUUGAUGACAGCAUCGGGGUCUUACAGGCUAAUUCCCAAGGUUUCACACCUCCAGGAAUGGACAGGACAUCUCCAGACAGCAGUCCAGUGCAUGGCUUUGUUCGUCAGGCAUCGGUAACCACCGGAUCCAACAUCCCCAUCAUCACUGAACUAGUGAAUGACUCAAACGUUCAGUUCCUGGACCAAGACGAUGACGAUGAUCCAGACACGGAGCUGUACCUCACUCAACCCUUCGCCUGCGGCACAGCCUUUGCUGUCAGUGUACUCGACUCCCUGAUGAGUGCGACAUACUUCAACGACAACAUCCUCACGCUAAUCCGGACGCUGGUCACAGGCGGAGCCACACCAGAGCUGGAGGCUUUGUUGGCUGAGGAGAAUGCUCUCAGAGGAGGUUACAGCACACCUCAAACACUGGCUAACAGAGACAGGUGUCGCGUUGCCCAGCUAGCCCUCUACGACGGCCCGUUCGCUGAUUUGGGGGAUGGCGGCUGCUACGGGGAUUUAUUCUGUAAAGCACUGAAGACAUACAACAUGCUGUGUUUUGGAAUCUACAGACUACGAGAUGCUCAUCUCAGCGUGCCAAGCCAGUGCACUAAACGAUACGUGAUCACAAACCCCCCGUACGAGUUUGAGCUCGUGCCCACAGACCUGAUCUUCUGCCUCAUGCAGUUUGACCACAACGCCGGCCAGUCCAGGACGAGCUUAUCCCACUCCUCCCACUCCUCCCAUUCCUCCAGCAAAAAGAGCUCCUCUGUGCACUCUGUGCCCGCCUCCAACCGGCAGAACCGCAGCAGUAAGAGCAGGGAGGCCCGUGACAAACAGAAUGCAACAAGGAUGAAUAGAAUGAGCCAAGAAAAGAAAUGGUUUACAGAUGAACCUGAAAAUGCCUACCCAAGGAACAUUCAGAUCAAGCCUAUGAGCACUCACAUGGCCAACCAAGUCAACCAAUACAAAUCCACUAGUAGCCUGAUUCCACCAAUCAGAGAAGUUGAAGAUGAAUGCUGAACUCUGGCUUUUCUUGCUAACUCACCAGAGAUCUGUGGUCUCUGUCUAAAAACACGGGCAGAGAUCACCAGAGGAGAAGCGAGGAUGGUUUCAACAAGAACACUGAAGACAACAUUUCUCUUCACUCAUUCUUCCAAUCAAGGGUUAGUUGGAAACCCAGACAGGAAGGGACCUCCUGUGUGUAUACCUUAACUCUUACUUCCAUGCUUUGGACAUUUUUUAAUUUAUAACUGUAUUCAUAGAGAUGUACAUAAUGACAAUCAUAUAAGAUCUGUACAGCCCCUUCCCCUAGCACUUUUUUGGAAUUAUUUUAAGAGUUGACAAAAAAAGAUACUUCCUGUUAUUCUUUGCAAUAGUUCACCUCUUCACGAGACCAGACUCCAUGGAUUAAGUGGCUGAUUAUUGGAGGACAGGGUUGCAGUUAUAAACUGAUCAUAUCAUCUCCCCAACGUCCAUCCAGAUGUGUCACAGAAAACCAGCUGGGUUCAUCAACAUCAGAUCUUCUUUUAGCUUCUGUUCUAUUUGCACUAAAACUGGGAAAAGUUUUUUUUAAAGAACUGGAAACGUCAGCAGCCCAUGAUGACUUUUUUCCCCCUGGGGAGAUCACAAAGCAAUGGAAAGAAGACAGAAAGAAGGAAGGGUUCUUGGUUGUGGAAGGAUGCUAAUGUCGUUUUGAUUGCUGUCCAUCUGCUUAAGGUUUGCUAAUUUGCCUUCAUUGGUUUAAAUGAGAGCAUUCCAGGCUUGUGAAACCUUGCAAACAGUAAUCCAAUAACUCAGAGAAUAGUGCAAUGUAGGUUCAUGCUUCAGCAAAGGCAAUACAGUACCCUGAUACUGGGACUUCGGCUCAGUAUUAACCUUGCAUGUUAUGUGCCUGAACCCCCUUUAUAAUGCACACUGUAUAGUGUGAGUAAUUGGCCUGAAAACGUGAUCAAGAAAAAAACAAUGUGUCCUUCAUGCAUUCAGGAGUGUAUAUGUACAUGCUGUGUGUAUGUAUGUAUCUCAGUCACUUUUUUCCUCUUGUGUUGCGCUUGUCACUGUAAACUACCCACCUCACCAGUUUGUAUGUGCUGGUGCAGUUUGGAAGGGGGCAUGUGGGAUCUCAGUGCUAAAAAAAAACGAGUUGUGGUAGAAACGAACAGCAGUCUAAAAGAUUUGGAUCUGCAAAAUAAAUGAAGUUUCAUUUAAAAUGAAACCAAGAGUCUCCCCAACUAUGAUUGAGCCGAUCUGACGUGAACACCAGCUGCCUUCCUGAACACGUUGCCGUUGUAUCUGCGGCAGAAUCGGAAUCACAAAGAAGAGUCGUGCAUCUUCUGAAUGCUUUGUGUUUUAGCGGAACUUCCUGUCUAAGGAAGGGAAGAAUGCCACAUAUUGCAUAAAGUGGGCAUAACUGGGUCCUCCCUUGAAUGGAGCAACUGCCUGGCACAGGGUUGGCACAGAGGCAGUUAAGCGCUUGGAUGUUCUCUGUCGCCAAUCCAGAUGUCCUAUGCCUCAAAAUUCUCAGGAGCUAAGCAGCUGUGUUCAGUCCACUAAUGGCGGGGGAUGCUUAAACAUAGUUGGUGGGAAUGCAACAAUGCCUCAGACUGCAAUUAGGAACACUGAAGUUGAACUUGUGUUCUUCACGCUUGCUUGUGUGCAAUAAAGGUGCAUUUUGCACCAGUUGUGGCUCCAACAGAUCCAAAUCUAGCUUAGAUAAAACCAACGUCUAACAAAUUUAAAUUGAUAUAUUUAAACAUUAUUUUAUAUUCAUAAACAUAUUCAAUUUGUACUUAUUUUUAUACUAAAGAACGUACUUUAGCAGAUGAAGACUGAUUAUCUUUAAUUAAAAUAACAUAUCAAAUCAUUUUUUUUCUGUUUCAAUAUAUCAUAAUUUAUUUUGCAAUGUAUUAAAACAAAUAGAUUUUUUUAAAAUCCCAAACCCCUUAUUAACAGUUUGCAUAUCUUUGGGGCUGAUACAGCUCAGACUAGCUUGCAUUGUGAAACUACCAUCCUCGGCUUGGCAGCUCGGCUUCAAGCGCUUGUAGAAAUGAACUUGGGUUCACCUGAAACCUUGUGAAGUUGCACAAAUGCAAUGUGUACUAAACAGCAUAUUAACUACUAAGCGUUCCUAGCUGUGACCAUUUCUAUGGAAAGGUAAAGAACUGUGUUUUUUUAUGGGGAUGAAUAUUGUAUCUAAAUGAAAAAGUAGAUCAGAAUGGUAACGAUGACUCAAAGCAUAUGAAGUUUCUCCCACUGUGUGCAGGCCAGAACCGACUUGGCCUUCAUUAGAUGUGUUUGACCUAAAUUAGGUCACUAGUAUGGAACAAGUGUGUGUACACCACAGCACAGUGUGCUGGUGUUUUUCACAGAAAAUAAUAAUAAUAGUUUAAAAAAAAGUUUAAAAAAUACAUUUUAGCAUGGAGAUACUGUUAGUUGAUUACAGCGAAACUCCUCUGUAGACUGUAAGGGAAAAGUAACUGAAAAUAGAAAACCAUUUUGGAAUAUGGAAAGAAUUAUCUUGUGCUAAAUAUGUUUGUGUAACUCAGUCCAUUAUAUAGAUCACAUUUCUUUUUCAAACAAAAUGAUCUGAGCUUUAAUGUCCGUUUAUUGGGUGUGGUGCAACUAUACUGAAGCUUCAUACACAUUGUCUUGAAGUAAACUUUUGAACUGUGAUUACAUCAUUGUCACACACUGUAGCAAAUAGAUUUCUUUUCAGAAAAUAUGUGAGUAAAAUACUUGUUCAAUUGGAGUUGUUUAUGGCAUACUCGAUAGCCUGAACAAUAAGAAAUUGCUAAUAUUUGAUAGUGACAAUGACUCAUUGUAGACAGAAGCGACAAACUGAUUGUUUUGUUGAAAAAAAAAAGUCAAACUUGUAUUUCAAAAAUAAAAGAUCUUUGAUUCUUGUAAGAAUACAAUCAUACUAUUCAAGUACUUUAUGUGGCACAAGAAAAAAGUCCAAUCUGUUUUAACAACCAGCACAAAGAUGGAAGGUAGCACCAAUUCAGCAACUGUUUUUAAGCGAGAACAUCCUUCGUUUUCUUGUGCAUUACUUUGUUUUAUUACAGGGUUUACAUUCCAUUUUGUCAGCUUGUUGUUAUGAAAUGUCACGACUGCUUCCUAUUUGUUUACACAGUACUUUUAAGACAAAGCAUAUUGCUCAGAUAUAAGACUUCAAACUGGCAACACAAACAAAUUAUUAGAUCAUUUAUUUUUAAAUACUUGAUUACUGUGCAUUUUUUUUUACCUGAAUCCUCAUUGUGCAACUCGUUCAGGCUGGCAUUGUCACAACACUGGACUGAGAGGUUGAUUCUUUAUUCAUAAAGUUUUCCAUCUUUGUAUUCUACACCUCUAAAGAUUUUUGGUUUUUUUUUUUUUACGUGCCAUGAAGCAUUUAGUUGAACAAGCAUCCUUCAGUCAUUCAGAGACACUUUAAAAGAGCUGAGUCCAAGUGGUUUCCACUGUGAGAACAGUGUCUUGUACUGUCAUGGAGAACAUCCAAGCCAUCAAUGCCUCCAUGCCAGUAUAGUGCCAGGCAGUGCAGGAGGUCAAGAGGAGGGCCCAAAAGUAAGUCCCACUAAAGCGACAAGUGGCAUUCAGAAGGCCCGAGGGGGAUACUGGAGCACAUAGAUGCCUCAGUCAUCACAUAUUGUCUCUGUUGUGAGCUUGGUAACAGGUUAUCAGGUGAAGCUGUGGAGUGGGAUAAGAUAUGAAUGACUGAAAGAUGCUAAUAGAAGCCCAUGUCAGGAACAUCGCAUCUGUUGUUUUUCACAAGAAAAAAAGAUCAAAGAUUAUGAUGAGUUUCAUGUUACUGUUAUAUCACAGUGCGUUUUUUAAUUACUUUUGUAUUUUCUUUUUUUCUGUAAAGGUUAGUUUUAAUCAGGACUUGUAACACUUUUGGGGAAUGGAGGUGGGUCUCAAGUCUUAACAACACUGCAAUUGCGUUCAGCAAUUUUCUUCAUAAAAAAGUUGCUUUUUUCCCCCACCUAUCAGUUCAGAAAGAUAUCAGGAUAUUGCUCUCGGUUAUCACAGAUUAGUUUUGUUGGCAUAUUGCCAUUAUAACAUACAGGAGUUUGACAUAGCACUGUAACUAGUUUGGACGUGUUUUAGAUCAUAUUUGAUGGUGCUGAGUUGAUCUACCUGACUCUGUCAAAUAUAAUCUGCUGAUAAAUAUACUGUCUUGUACAAAACGUUUGUACAUAGAUUGUACAUGGUUUCUUUUUGUAUUUUCUCAAAUUAAAAUGGAUGUAUUUGUGUUCUAAA